AUGGACGAAGAUUUGCUGAAGCGAAACACCGAUUGCGUCUAUUUCCUGGCUUCUCCCCUCACAUGCAAGAAGGGAGUUGAUUGUGAGUUCCGGCACAGCAAGAUUGCGAGGCUCAACCCAAAGGAUUGCUGGUACUGGUUGUCUGGGAAUUGUCUUAAUCCAACCUGUGCUUUUAGGCAUCCUCCACUGGAUGGGCAUGGUGGAGCACCGUCAUCAGAGUCUGCCCCAUCUUCUGUAUCUGCAAAUAAGACAAUUGUUCCUUGUUACUUUUACUUCAACGGGUUCUGCAAUAAAGGUGAUAGAUGCUCUUUCUUGCAUGACAUUGAAGGUGGUGCAUCAACUGAGAAAUCUCCAAAGACAGCCUCUGCAUUUAAUGACACAUUUGCACUUUCUUCAGAAAAUAAGGCAUCUGCUGGAAAUGACAUGAUGCCAGGUCCAAGAAUGGCGCAUCUCAACCCUUCUGAAACUGCCUUGAAGGAAACAGUUGAUACAAGAUUCCAGCCCAAAGAGGAUCUUAAUUAUUUCGAGCAGUCAGCACAGAGAGAUGUUCCACAGCAAAGUGUGUCUCCUCAGAUUUCUGUGUCUGGUGAUGAAGAGGCCACUGAAAUUAGGUCUGACUCACUACCUGCAGACGGCUCUGUUCAUAGCAAAUCCCAUUCAUGCACAGAUCAGAGUUCUGAUGAGCAAGCUGAUGACCUUGUGCAAGAGGAAUGGUGGGAGUCCUCCCCAGGCUUUGAUGUUCUUGUUGAUGGUAAAUCAGAGAAUUUGGGUUGUGAGGAUGAUCCGGAGUGUUUUCUGACACUUGACGGGGAGCGCAGGGAGCUCAAUAGCCACUUCUUGGGCUAUGAUUUUGAAAAUCCCGAUGACUAUGUUCCUGUGUGUCCUCCUGAUGCUGAACUUCUAUAUGAGAGAGAUGUAUAUGACUCCUAUGAUUUUCUGGAUAACAAGCAUAUGCUUGGUAAUGAUGGGAAAUUUCCUGGCUAUGCAAAGGAGACAAUGUCGGAUGCCAUAUACUCCCGCAAGAGGAAACUGAUGCCAAUGGAACUGGCAGUCUAUGACCAGGAUUUUUUGGAUGUUCGAGACCGCCUGAGAAGGCGAAGGAUGACUGAUUGUCAUUCAAUUACUGGUUUAUCAAGAAGGCAUGAAGCACUUAGGUUGUUUGGUAGAAGCAGGGAAAUGCCUCAAAGGCAUGGUAUGGGUUGGCGGGUGCAUGGAAGAUUGGCAUCAGAAGUGAGAAAUAGCACUUAUGGAUCGCUCAGGGAGAAUGGAGCUUCCUCUAGUGCUGGAAUUCAACGCGUUUCACUUAGGCAUUCACAGAAAUAUAGGCCUAGGAAGCAUCACAAGGAGAGAAAGCUGGCUAAGCAGAAGCUUCCUUCAUCUGGAGUCUCAAAGAAACGAGUACCAAGGGAGAAGAAAUCUGCACAGAAGUCAACUACCUUUACAGGACCCAAGACCCUUGCCCAGAUUAAAGAAGAGAAGAAGAAAGCAGAAGAAAAUAGAGAUCACAUUGGGAUAGUGAGGCAUGUGAGAAGAACUAGAGUGGACUUCCAGGGUCCCAAACCUUUAAAUGAAAUUUUAAAAGAGAAAGGAAAGAUAGCUGACAAGAGGGAAGGAAAUGCCGGCAGCAACUGA